ACAUACACUAUCAUACUCUCACACAUACACUAUCAUACUCUCACACAUACACCAUCAUACUCUCACACAUACACCAUCAUACUCUCACACAUACACCAUCAUACUCUCUUAAAAACACUAUCAUACUCUCACACAUACACCAUCAUACUCUCUUAAAAACACUAUCAUACUCUCACACAUAAACCAUCAUACUCUCUUAAAAACACUAUCAUACUCUUACACAUACACUAUCAUACUCUCACACAUACACUAUCAUACUCUCUUAAAAACACUAUCAUACUCUUACACAUACACCAUCAUGUGAAUGCAAAUAAUCAUGUAUAAGGAUCCAAAUGUCAGUGAAUGUAAGACAGAAUGGUAGGGUAUGUGAAUGAGAAUAGUUGUUUGUGUGAGAGAGUUUGAUUGAAACGGAAACAGUCCUGAAUUCUCAGUGCCUGAUUGGCUAUCUUUGACGAAGCUGGAGGAAGCAGGAUUUCAUGGACAUGGCCCACCUUCCCAAUCAUGACUGAUAGAAGAAGAUGGCGGACCGGGAGAAACUCAGUGAAGCCAUUGGCCUUUUAAACAACAUUUUAAACUCUCCAACCGUUAUCACAACAAUGUCAGAAAUGUUGGAUCAAAGGCGACAGACACCCACAGGUGCCUCUUCUAACGCGACUGUGGAGGAGGAAAUGCGGCGGAUCUUCAGGGCUAGCUCAUCAGGUGUAUCAGGAAGUGCCAGUAGCACUUCGUCUGGAUCUAGCCUGAACCAAGUGAUGCAACCUCGAUAUCGAACUCAACAGUAUUUCGGUGGAUGGGCUUCAAAGUCAAGGAAGAGGCCUACUGCCUUAAAUCACCCAACCUUUAAUAAGGACAUCAUACUGCUACCUGAUUCUACAUGGGAUGAAGUCUGCAAACACAAAACCAAAAGAAGGCUUCAUGAAAGGGGCUAUAUUUUAAGUGCCUUUGAGAUGAGGAAAAUGUGGGACUGCAGGACAGUCAUUGCAGAGAUAAGAGAAGCAUUCAAGGACAGAAUUCCUGAGGAUGUCAGUAUUGAUCUUUUGAUGGCAUGUGGAAACAAACUGGUUUCACCAAAGUUGCGUGAGGGCCAGGAACUGAAUGGCUUUAUGAUUCACAAGGUGUUCAAAUCAAAGGCAGUGUACAUUAGGCCAUCGACAAAUCUUCCAUUUCCGUCUGACAGCACAGAUUCGGAGGACAGUUGUGUGGAGGUUGACGCUACAUCAGCAUCUAGUGACCACAGUACCAGUCAGACCAGUGACUGUAUGACCACAAGGGCCAGGGGAAACCAAACUGCAUCAAUACAGCAGAUCUCUAGUUAUCCUUUCACAAGAAGGGCCAGAGCUAACCAGCUCUCUGCAACACAGCAAGCAUCCAGCGAUGUCUUGACCAGAGCUAACCAGCCUUCUGCAACACAGCAAACAUCCAGCGAUGUCAUGACCAGAGCUAACCAGCCUUCUUCAACACAGCAAACAUCCAGUGAUGUCAUGACCAGAGCUAACCAGCCUUCUGCAACACAGCAAACAUCCAGCGAUGUCAUGACCAGAGCUAACCAGCCUUCUUCAACACACGAAGCAUCCAGUGUCAUUGACUUAGAUAGUGUUGGCACAGUGAACCAGACACCAUCAGCUAGUGAUGACAACUAUGCUGCCUACCUUUCGAUCAUGGGUUCCAUCUCAGACCUUUCUUCUGAUGAUGAGGAAGUAAACCAGGCAAUAAUGGCCAGUCCUGAGAGUCAUGUGGCAUCCGAACACAUAAAUGCAAAAUCAGCACAGGAAGUGCUCCUCAAUCUUGCAUCCCUAAUUGACAGUAACAAAAGAUGCAGGUUCAACAUUAAUAGGUCUUCAGUACUGGAUGGUGCUCUGCGGGGCUUCAGACGACUGUCCUAUAAUCCCAAGCACCAGAUGUGCAUCAAGUUUUCAGAUGACUUAGGAAUGAAUGAAGAGGCUGUGGACCUUGGUGGCCCUAGGAGAGAAUUUUUACGGUUGCUCAUGGAAGCCCUGGUACUGUCACCAAUGUUUGAAGGAAGAGACGAUAAAUUGAACUUGGCUUUGGACAGUUCAGGUAUAUGUUUGGUUCCAGUGUAUCGAACUGUUUUAGAGAGGUGUUGAUUCAACUCUGUGAUCAUUUUGGAGGAUGUAGUUUGGGCUGUCAGUGAACUGUAUUAUGUUAUUCUGACAUUUGUUAUUUUGUCUGCCCCAUUCAUUUCAGUGUUGGAAGGCUAAAUAACCAAAACACCUCUCAGUAUAAUGCAAUCCAGUUCAACAGCACCAAAACCUGCAGACUCCAAAAUGAUCAUACAGUUGAAUCAACACUUUUCAAAGAUAGUGUGUGGUGUUGUUUUCUAUCCACAAAACACUUGUCAAAAGGAGGCUACAGAUUUACCACACAUACUUUUUGCAUCCUUGGAUGCCAACCUUUGCUUUAGUUUAUUAUUUCUCUUUUUUCUUUUGUGUGGUGUUUUUAGGUGUCCGAAUGUACGUCUUUGGAUGACCUGAUAAACGCCACUGAACCACUGCAAGAUUACCUGGCAAAUGCUGGGUGUCUCAGGCCACUGAAAUGCAUUGAGGACAGAGAUCUGCUGGUUAAAGACAUUCUCAUGUUUCAGGUGGUCCACAG